AUGUUUUCAAAAGUUGCAGCUAGAUCAUUCUCAUCCUCAGCUACCAAUGCCUACAAGGUUGCCGUCUUGGGUGCUGGUGGUGGUAUUGGACAACCAUUGUCUCUUUUGUUGAAAUUGAACCACAAGGUUACCGACUUGGCUCUUUACGAUAUUAAAGGUGCUCCAGGUGUUGCUGCUGAUGUUUCACACGUUCCAACCAACUCAACUGUUAAAGGUUACAACCCAGACCAAUUGAAGGAAGCUUUGACUGGUGCUGAUGUCAUUGUUAUCCCAGCUGGUGUUCCAAGAAAGCCAGGUAUGACCAGAGACGACUUGUUCAACACCAAUGCCUCAAUUGUCAGAGACUUGGCCAAGGCUGCUGCUGAAUACGCUCCAGAGGCUGCUCUUGCCAUCAUUUCCAACCCAGUCAACUCUACUGUUCCAAUUGUUGCUGAGGUUUUCAAGUCCAAGGGUGUUUACAACCCAAAGAAGUUGUUUGGUGUCACCACUUUGGAUGUCUUGAGAGCUUCAAGAUUUGUUUCUGAAGUUGCUGGUACCAACCCAGUCAAUGAACACGUUCCAGUUGUUGGUGGUCACUCUGGUAUUACCAUUAUCCCAUUGUUGUCACAAACCACCCACAAGGACUUGCCAGCUGACAAGAGAGAUGCUUUGGUCCACAGAAUUCAAUUUGGUGGUGACGAAGUUGUUAAGGCCAAGGAUGGUGCUGGAUCAGCUACCUUGUCCAUGGCUCAAGCUGGUGCCAGAUUCACUGGUGCUUUGUUGAAUGGUUUGGCUGGUGAAAAGGAUGUUAUCGAAUGUACUUUUGUUGAGUCACCAUUGUUCAAGGAUGAAGGUGUUGAAUUCUUUAGUUCCAAGGUUACUUUGGGACCAGAGGGUGUUAAGCAAGUUCACGAUUUGGGUAACUUGUCUGACUACGAAGAUGGAUUGGUCAAGACUGCUAAGGAGACCUUGAUCCAAAACAUCAAGAAGGGUACUGAGUUUGUUAAGCAAAACCCAUAA